AUGACCCAGACCAUGCUCAUCGACACCGGCAGCGACGUGUCCUGGGUGCAGUGCAAGCCGUGCUCGCAGUGCCACACCCAGGCGGACUCGCUCUUCGACCCCAGCUCGUCGAGCACCUACUCACCCUUCUCCUGCAGCUCCGCCGCCUGCGCGCAGCUCAGCCAGAGCCAUGAGGGGAACGGCUGCUCCGGCUCCCAGUGCCAGUACAUGGUCAAAUACGGCGACGGUUCGAGCGGGACCGGGACGUACAGCUCCGACAAGCUCGCGCUGGGCUCCAGCUCCGUCAGCAACUUCCAGUUCGGAUGCAGCCAGUCUGAGUCGGGCAACCUUCUCGAAGACCAGACCGAUGGGCUCAUGGGGCUCGGCGGCGGCGCUCAGUCGCUCGCCACCCAGACCGCGGGGACCUUCGGCAAGGCCUUCUCGUACUGCCUCCCACCGACUCCGGACUCCUCUGGGUUCCUCACCCUCGGCGCAGCAACCUCAGGUUUCUCCAAGACACAGAUGUUGAGGAGCAGUCAGGUCCCGUCGUACUACGGCGUGCUCCUUGAGGCCAUCAGGGUGGGAGGCAGGCAGCUCAACAUACCCGCCUCGGUCUUCUCCGGCAGGUCGAUCAUGGACUCCGGCACAAUCAUAACGCGGCUGCCGGCGACCGCGUACUCUGCGCUAUCGUCGGCGUUCAAGGCCGGCAUGAAGCAGUACCCGCCGGCGCAGCCUAUGGGCAUCUUCGACACGUGCUUCGACUUCAGCGGCCAGUCCACCAUCAAAAUACCGAGCGUCGCACUGGCGUUCUCCGGGGAAGUCAUCGUCGACCUCGCCACCGACGGGAUCAUUCUGGACAGCUGCCUCGCCUUCGCGGCCAACAGCGAUGACAGCUCCCUUGGCAUCAUCGGCAACGUGCAGCAGCGGACGAUCGAGGUGCUGUACGAUGUUGGCGGCGGUGCCGUGGGGUUCAAGGCCGGCGCAUGCUGA